ACCAUGCCGCGCUAUAGUGUGUAGCGCAUGAGAACGCAUGAACUGCCUCAGCUCCCGAGGAGAUGCAAUCCAUGCGCGAUAGCCACUUAGGCGAGAAAGAUUAUCAUCAGAAGUUUGUAAGAGUUUAUGCACACUUGAUUUAUUUUAUAAUUCUGUAAAGAUGAGCGGAAAAAAAUUAGAAGUUUAUGUCAAUGAUGAAUUAUGGACAUUUAACAUCUCCAACGCUGAAUUCGAAGCAGCAACAACUGGCAAUGAGGAACUAAUCAAGUUUUUGGUGGCUAAAGAAAGUGAAAAAAAAAGCAUAGCAGUAAUUGACGAAGAACAAGCUGAUAAAUCAAGACAGCCUAUAUCUGAAGCAAACGAAGCUAAGAAGGAUUCUUUCAUUUGGCCUGAUAAGGCAAUUCUUUUGCUUUUGGAGAUUUACCGAAACAAAAAGUCUGAUUUUGUAUCAGGGCUGAUACGUCAUAAUAAAAUAUGGAUGGAUAUUGCCAGUGAAAUGAAUAAAGCAAAGUAUAAUGUCACUGCUAUACAAUGUCAAAAUAAAAUGUCAGGAUUGAAAAGAACAUACAAAAAUAUAUCUGAUAGCAACAAUAAAUCAGAUAAUCAUGCAAGUUCUUGGGCCUUUUACUCUGUUAUGGAUUCAAUACUUGGAAAAAAAACCUGGAUAGAACCUGCAUCAAUAGCUAGCAGUGAUGGUCCAUCUAGUCCAGGGUGCUCUUCAUCCUCCUCAGAUAAGUCGUUAGAAGCAGAUGAGCCGAAACCAAAAAAAAGGCGGGUGGAAUCAAUUUUAGAAUCGUUCAUUGCAGAAAUGAAAGAAGAUAAACAGAAGAAGAAGGAGGAAAAACAACGGAGGAGAGAUGAAAGAAGAGAAGAAAAGGAAAAUAAGUGGAAGCAGAACAGUGAAACACGAAAAAGUAGAAUGGAGUUCCACCAGUCCCUGCUUAAACUACUUGCUAAAAUAGCAGAACAAAAAUAGAGGCCUAUUCUAUAACUUAUAACGAUGUUAUAUAUAAUUGCACAGCUACUGCAAAAAAUCUGUGCAGUGAUACAUAACAUCAUUAAAAAUUACAGGAUAAACCUCUUUAGGAAUAUUUCAAACAGUAUUGUCAUUCUAUGCAUAAAGUGCAUAACUAGUCAAGAUUUGAUAUUUUAUUUUGUUUUUGUAGGUAUAGUUAGCGUCCAUAUGAAUUAUGCAUAUACCAACACAUUUACAUAUUCUGCAUGCACAUAUGUGGAAAAUGUAUUUUGAUAUAUGCUUAAAUUCAUAUGGAAAAGCUUUAACGAUGAUAUCUGUAUAUCUGAUAUAAGUUUAACGCUGUUUGAUAUAUAUUGACUCUUUUAUUUAAAUGAUUGCAUAUUUAAUUUUCGUUUAAAUUGGAAUUAUGAGACCCCUUUUAAGUUUAUUGUUGCAUUAAAAAAUUAAGAAUAAUGAUCGCAUACUUAUUUUUAAUUUGAGCUCGACUGAUUAGAUUAAACUUGUUCUUAUUUUAUACAGUUAGAUGCUUUAGAGAAUAUAAG